AGCGGUCGACGGCAUGAGGGAGUGAGCGUGGCGCACAGAGGUCUGCCACACACCAGUCUGACACACACGAUGGUGCCACACAGAAGACACUCCAGAAGAGGAGGACGAGUGACACGAGCCAGGACCUCCAACCUGGCACGCAUGACACCCUCUCAGCAGAACAACACGGAGGUCCUAGCACAAGUGGGAGGCAGUGUGACCAUCAAGUGCUACACCAACUACCUCGAUGGUAACGAAAUGGUGACGUGGCUUAAGAGAGACGAGGAUUACCUGUUGACGGCAGGCGGACACAUGUAUGCCUCCGAUAAGCGUAUGUCAGUGGCCCACAUCGAGGCCCAGAAGUUGUGGGAGUUAUCGCUGAGGAACGUGCGACUAUCGGACGCUGGGCUGUACGAGUGUCAGCUCACCACUCACCCCCCAACCUCACUUUUCUUCACUCUCAAGGUCGUAGAGGCUCAAGCGGUGAUCGAGGGUUAUCCAGAGCUUCAUUUCCACAAGGGGCAAACUCUCCGCCUCAGGUGCAACGUUGAGGAGGCCACGGAGCCACCCCUCUACAUCUUCUGGUACCACAAUGGCAGCCAAGUACAGAAUUUCUACCAGAACAAACCCGUCAGGGUCGAGAAACACCGCUACCGCAGCACACUUACCAUCACCAACGUCACGUACAGCCACGCCGGGAGUUACCGCUGUGAACCCCACCUGGCAACACCAGCCAGGAUCAGCGUGCAUAUCUCAGGCCAGCCAGCAGCCAUGCACAUCGAGGGUCACAGCAGCGGGAUAGUAGAGGAGGACGACAUAGUGUUUGCCAGUUCGCCGUCUCUGGUGCCUUUACCGCUCCUGGGUCUCCUCACCUGGGUCCUGCUGCUGGGGAAGUGGUGAGACCAGCUCCACGCAUCGAUGGUCUUUCUGCUGCUAGACCAACUCCACUCAGUGAUAGGCUUUCUCAAUCUAAGACCAGUUCCAGGCAACAAUGGUGUUUCUGUGGUCGGGGCAGCUUCAGUCCUGUCUGUGUGUUUGUCACAACAGUUCUCUACAGUGCAGGUUACGUUACACAGAGACCGAAGCAAAGAUGAAGAAACUAGUGAUACAAUAGAGACUACUGAAGUGUAUGUUUUGAUGUUUUUAGAAGCAUUACAAAAAAAAGUAAAUUUUAAGAUUUUUUGAAGACUCCUGGAAUGGGUUUUUUUUUAGCUGAUGAGUUACGCAAUUUUUUGUUUUUUAAGAACCAGAAGGAAUCUAUAAAUACUUCAUUUUUCGUUAGACACUGAAAAUAUGUAUUUUUUUUCUCGAGUUUUUCGUACGAUACAUUAUAGUCACUUGGAAAAGUCGUCUAGUUUCUUGUAUGGACGUGGAGUUGUCUAUUUACUCUAUAUGUGUCUUAUUUUGUAUAUAAACGACGGGGGAGCUAAGUUAGUGACGUGUGUGUAGACAGUACCAGAGAGAUUUUAAUAAAAUUCUAGAUAGUUCAAUGUAAAUGAUGUUGAGAUGUCUGUCCAGGAGGUGAGGAGGGCGAGACGGCUGCCCCCGCCACUGGCCCGUAUAAGGUAUGAUGAAGCUUUAACAAAAAUAAUGUUUGUGGAUAUUGUUAUAAAUUCAGGUGCAUGUCAGAAUAAAAAUGAAUGGAUCUUAAGAAGUUAAGUUAGACUGUAUACAUACAUACAUACAUACAUACAUACAUACAUACAUACAUACAUACAUAAAACAUGAGCAUCCAAAGGAAACCAACAAUAUUCUCGUUACACAUAAAAGUAAAGACACAAACAGACAAAUCUAAACCCCCUAAACUAACAAAGAACUUCUCGUCCAUCACACAUAAAACUGCCCUCAAACACUGGCAGGACGGAAGCACAGCAAUACUGUACCGAGCCUGAGACCGGAUUCACAAGAAGGUUCGUGUUUGGACCAGAGAGUUGAGAAGCUGUCUGACUAACACAAAAAUGCCCGCCGAAAUAAUGUCCAGUCGACCAUGCAGACGAUUACUGUAACUAAUUGUGUUCUCUUGUGUACCCAAGAUUACGAGUAAACCAAGCCUGUGAACACCCGGAGCCUGUGAACACCCGCAGCCUGUGAG